AUGGCGGAGAGGGAGAAAGACGCGUCGACGAGUCCUCCCUCUGCCGUGCAGCCAGCACCAGACGUCGCGAAUUCCCCGCCGUCAGCCUCCGAGUCUCCCGAGGCGGCCGGCUCGGGAUGGGUGCGGUUAGUGCACGUGGAGAUCGCAGGCGCGCGGAAGCUUCUGCCAAAGGACGGCGCCUCCUCCAGUCCCUUCUGCGUCGUGGAGUUCAACGGUCACACGAAGCGCACGCACACAGUGGAGAGGGACCUCAACCCCGUGUGGGAUGAAAAGUUCGUGUUUGCAGUCCCCCUGCCGUCACCCCUCAACCCCUCACUGGCCGACCACCAAGAGCCGGUCCACGUCACCAUCUACACCCUCUCCUCCGCCUCCGCCCCUCUCGUUGCAGCCGGCAGUAUCUCGGCCAGCUUUCGCCGCCCGGUGCUGGGCUCCGCCCCUAGUGGCGGGCUGGCAGGCGAUCCGGAGAGAAGCGUGUUCCUGGGGAAGGUGCAGGGAGGGGCGAGAGGAGAGCGGGCAGGUGAGGAGGGGGGUGUGGAGGCAGGGUGUGCAGCGUGGAGCACCUGUGCCCGGUCCGCAUACAUGCCCCCACGCCAGGGCAUCCCUCUCCACCCUCUGCACCCCUCGCCUGGCUGCCUCUUGAGCGCCGCUCCCUUGUCAACCGCUAGUGCGUGGGCGACGUGGGGUGAGAUGGGGGAGGGUGGAGGGGAGGGAGGGGGGGGUGGGGGAUGGAGGGGAGGGGGUUGA